UUUGUAGUUUUUCUCCAACAGAGGUAUUUUUAGGUUGUCCGACAGGCAGCUCUAUACGUAACCGCUUUUUGUAAAUAACGUAAUGACAUUUAUACAAAAACUGGAAUUAAUUUUGAGUUAUAAAUUAGAGAUGUGGAUCAGUUUCAGCUGUUGUGAAUUUCGAAAUUAACAGUAAAAUCUAAAAAAUUACCUGGAUAAAUAGACUAACCUUUAUAAUUAUCAAAAAAAGCGAGUGAGGAGGUCAAUCUAAGUUAUGGAAACGAGGCCUGCUGUAAACAAUGUGCUCGGUUCCAUAACUCAGACAGCCCUUUUUCGUAAAUGCAAGACUAUCAAGCCAGUGCUGUUAAUAUUAAACCACUCCUAGCAAAAACGUAUCCAUAUGGGUUGUUCUAGCGACGAUUUACGUCUUCAUGUGAACGUAAUUUGUAUUUUUGGCAGUCUUUGGUUCAGCGAAUUUUUCGGGAAAAGGUUCGGAACUCGCCGCCGUUCGUGUGAUAAUUCCGUAACCGAGCGUAGACUAGUUCCCAGUUCUCUCACGACCAAGGGCAACCUGGGUGAUGGAAACGAAGCUGCCAAGACAAACAGCAAGGCAGAGAAAAUAAUCGCCACCUAGCCUACUAAGGGCUUGAAGUCAAGAUGUCUUCAUUUCUUCAGAAAUUAGUGAUCUUAUUAUUGCUGGGGUUGUUAUUAUCUGCAAUAAUUCUUGUCGAGAGAGGUCUAUUUGGGAUAUACAGUGUGAGCUCUGAAAGCUUUACCAUUGUGGCGAUAAUUGCAUCGCCUCCUCUGCUCUACAUAAUUACAACUUAUUUAAAGAGUUCUAAAGGGUGCGGAGAUGCUGCGUCGCCAUGGAGACAAAAAAGAAAUCUCAUAGGAGUGGCAUUUGUGACCAUAUGCUCUCUUGCAAUGUGUGUAUUCUACCUUUCCUGGAGAGGUUUAUGGUGCACCUACCACAAGCAACACCAUAGAAAACUCUGCCAAGCAGCUUGUGAUAUUCAAAAAACUCUCACAAUUAAACAUAUCCCAAUCUGGAUAACCUUAGGGGAUCUUCUAGCAUCCCACCGAAAUCGUACUAUGCCAUUUGCCUGGGAACAUGACCUUGAUUUCUGUGUAUCAAGGGACAACUUUCAAACAGAUUUCACAAGUGAGGUUCAUAGAGGUGUGUUUAGGACUCUCGCUACGUGGAUAAAACCAAAUCAUGUUUAUUUUGAGCCGCUCAGGAUACGACAGCGACAUGCAGAGGGACUUUUGAUUGAUGUCUGGGAGUGUGAUCCACAGUUUUAUGGUGCCACGCCUGAAGAAAUUAGAAAUGGUCUAAAUGGGUCUUUCAUUAUGGUGCCCUAUUGUGGUUGUAUGUUUGCUGCACCAAAAUUUGAACACAGAGAUCGGAUCUUUAAGAAAUUUUAUGGUGAAAAUUACAAUGUCCAGAAAUUUGCACACCACUCUUGGCAGUGUAAGAUUUGGGUAGAUCAUUGAGAAAGCUCAACAAUAAAAUGUUAACUAUU